UUACAGUUGACACUUACGAGCUGCUUCUGAAGCCAGAUGCUUAUUUGACAGAGAACAGUCAGACGGCUCCAUCUCCACUUACAGCAAGAGUCUGUACAAUAAUGGACAAAAACGCAGAGGUGAUAGUAUGUGGCUCCUUUAUGAAGGAUGUCUGGGAAAUCAGACUGAGGGAGUAUCGACAGAAACGACAGCUGGAAGAGGAGCGGAUACGGAAGAGCGCUCUGGAAAGAAUCAAUCAAGAUUGGCAGGCGCGCAUGUCCUCCAUGAGAAAAACCCCUAAAAGGCUGGAGAGAAAAGCAAAGCUUCCUGAAGAAUCAACUCUUGAUGCACACAAGGCUAAAAAGACGCACCUGGGAAGGCCACAAGGUUUCCAGAGCAGUCGGAUUCAGAGGCAGGCGGACCUGACGAAAACUACAAAAUCCAACAAACUGGCCCUGUUACGUCAUCUCAAUGAAAGCUGCCCGGGAUUGAUGGUGUGGUCAAAGUCUUGGAAGUUCUCGCAGCCUUUGCCACAACCUGUAGAAAGUCCCAGUGCAUUCGACUGGGGACAGUCAUGGAAGUUUCUCAAUCUUCAGCCAAACACUGACGGUAAACCCUGGUUUGAUCUUGGGUUUGACACCAACAACAAUAUGAGCUCCAAUGACAUGCUUCUGUGGGAGAAGCUCAGCAAAGCAUUAGACUCCGAGCACAUUCAACAAGACCUGGCCAGUACAGAAUGGGAGAAGUCUUGGAUAUUCAAUCAGAAAGGAAAAGAGUCUCAUGAAGGUACAAAUAAAAGUGAUAGCAACAAAUUUGACAACCUGUGGGGGGAUCAGAAUCAGGAAAGUGCAUCAGACUGGCAUGAAUCCUGGAAGACAAUGAAGCCUGUAAAAGGAGAAGAUAUCAUGCCGGAUUCAAUUCCGCCCUCAGCUAAUGAGGAAACACAACCUGAAUUACCAUGGGAUAAUUCAUGGAUGUACUUUAAGAAGCAGCUUCACAUUAAGUCAAAAACAGGUAAUAACCUAGGAUGGAGUGAAUCUUGGAGGGUUGCAAAAGCCAUAUCAGAACAGAAGACGAAAUCAAUCGAAUCUCAAGUGGUAGUGCCCAAGGAACUGCAUCCUGACAUCUGCAACAUGAUAAUGAAUGUGUCAAGAGAGAAGAAGCACACAAUUCAGUUCAGUGGGAGGGAUGCACCACUGUCUGAUUGGGAAAAAUCAUGGGCGACCAUAAAAAAUCUGUCGGAGUAUAAAGAAGAGAUAAAUAAAGCUGAAUGUAGGGAGGUGGAAGUGAAGGUUGAGACACCGAAACCAGACCAUUUCAACCAACAAAGUGAACGUGUGAAAUUCAACGUAUUUGCUUUGCCAAAAAUCCAAAAGCGGCGGGAGAUGCUUCAGUUCUCAGAGCAAAUGGACUGGAAGGAAUCUUGGAAGAUGCUGAAACGCCAGCGAAGAGACGAAAGAGCAUUAAGGAACCUGAGAUGCCCACUUUCACAAUUAUCCUCCACAUCACAAACUCUCACCGAAUGGGCCAAUUCUUGGAGGUUCACAAACUUAACACUCAACCAAGACAGCGGUUUAUGGCAGCAGGGUUGGUCCGCCAAUACUCAACCCAGACCUGUUAGAAGAGUGCUAGAAAAUGAGGAUUUCCCACAUAAUGGACCAGCAGGGGUUCGUGCCUGGUCUGAGUCCUGGAGGUCUACGAGACGUCAGCAUCUUCUGGAAAGACAAGGGCAAGGUGCAUCAACCCAGCCAGUGCGCCAACAUACAUACGCAAGAUCUGUGGCAGACUGGGAACAGUCAUGGAAAUCAUCAACUCAUCAGCGCAAUCACGAUAGACCCUCUGUGACCGAGUGGACGGAUUCUUGGAGGUUCUCCAGCUUGGAGGAUUUCGAACCUGAACAUACUUGGCUUGAGAAAUCAAUGGAAAUCAAAGGCAGAAAGAAACUUUGCAGAGCAUCGAAUGCAUUUAGCAGAUCGAUAAAUUCUCAGACAUUCAAAGAACGACUUCCCUCGAAAGAGUGGAAUGACUCAUGGAGGGUUAAGAAGAGGUCUGAUGGACGUGCACAUCUCAUAAAAAAAGAAGUGCUAGACUGGGAUAAUUCUUGGAUGUUUACUAGCACAGAGUUGUAUCAAAGACAAGGUGAAUGUUAUUUGAAUUUCCAGCUAACGUCUGAUGUCAGUAGCCUCAAAUCCAUCCAGAUUGAGAGCAGGUCAGAGUGGGGUCGAUCAUGGAAGAUGUCAAACCCACAACCACCGAAGAACAUCGCCUCAUGGGUUGAUGCAAAGCCAAAAUCAUUCAGUGCACAAGACGUGAUCCUUUGGUCAAAACUCAAACCCAUCAAUUAUUUACCUUCUGCUUUGGUCAAAGACUUGAAGCUGAAAAUCUGGAGCAACUCCUGGAGAUUCAUGAAGACAGAGUCAAAGCACAGGAAAAGCUCUGCUUCGGCUGAGGAUGAGUCUGUGAUAAUGACAACGAAAAGAAAGCACAUGUACUCAAACAUAGAUCAGCAGAAACCACAACAGAAGAGAUGGAGCGAUGCAUGUAAAAUAGCAAAGACGCAACCACGACUAAAGCGUAAUGUUAGAUCUGGCAAGGAGGAAGAUGAAGAUGGAAAAGAAAUGUUUACAGAAUGGAUAGAAUCUUGGAAAUUCUCAAAUAAUUUAAAAAGCAAUGAGCCUGCAAUGGUGUCUGUAUCUCUGAACGACUGGAAAAACUCCUGGAAGUUUCUGCUUGAUCCGUAUGUGCCAAUGAACGGCCCCAAAACAAGCAAAAGUCGGUAAGGAUUAAAGACUUUUCAGGUCAGGUUUCAAGAGUUCAAGUGUGCGUCUUUAAAGAAAUCAAUUAAAAUACAUGACGAAUUGUUUUUAAAACUUCUACAGAUUCAACCCACAAUAAAGUUGUGUAGCGUGUGAA